AGGGCGCGAUUCCCUGUGCCCGCGCAGCUUCUCGCGGGCGGCGCCGCUGUCCGCCCCCCUCGGCGGGCUCACUAGCCCUGAGGUGGAGUUGCUGGCCGGGGCAGCCCGCGGUUGGGGUCGACCCAGCCGUUGGAGUGCGGUACCAGGCUUCGCGCCCGGGCCGCGCGGCCUUUCUGAGACCUACGCCGGCCUGGCGGCCCCUGCGCGCUCCGGCCCGGCCCGUGGGUCCAAGGGCCGUUGCACUUGAGCUGAGGACUUGGCCGACCUUGGCUCGGGCCGGGUCGCGGGGGCGGGGGCGCGUCGCUGAGCGCGCAAGGUGCUGCGGCCGGCCGGCCGCUUGCGCUCCGCGGGUCCCUCCGCGGCCAGGGUUUGCCUGGCCGGCCGCUGGGCAAACUUUCUCCCGGGCCUAGGACUCCCGGGUCGGGGCCCUUCUCGGAGCAGAGCGGGUCUGCCGAGAGACCGUGCGUAAAGACGCGUGCACGGCCACCGCAGAAGGGGCUACGGCAGGCCAAGGAAAGGAAAUAUCAUGCUCCUGGAAAUGGCCUGAUAUGAAGGAGUCAUACCUCCAGCUUUCCCAAGCUGCCCAGUGGGUGCCUUGUCCUUCAAGUGCAGGAGCUGGCUGAAAUAUCAGGAAUGGAAGCCAAUGUGACUAUCCCAAUCUGGCAAAACAAGCCGCAUGGGGCUGCUCGGAGUGUGGUAAGAAGAAUUGGGACCAAUCUGCCCCUGAAACCUUGUCCCCGGGCAUCCUUUGAGACUCUGCCCAAUAUCUCUGACCUGUGUUUGAGAGAUGUACCUCCAGUCCCUACUCUGGCUGACAUUGCCUGGAUUGCUGCAGAUGAAGAGGAAACAUAUGCUCGGGUCAGGAGCGACACGCGCCCUUUAAGACACACCUGGAAGCCCAGCCCUCUGAUUGUCAUACAACGUAAUGCCUCAGUGCCCAAUCUGCGUGGGUCUGAGGAGAGGCUCCUGGCCCUGAAGAAGCCAGCCCUGCCUGCCCUAAGCCGUACCACUGAGCUGCAGGAUGAACUAAGCCACUUGCGAAGUCAGAUUGCUAAAAUAGUGGCAGCAGAUGCAGCUUCGGCUUCAUUAACGCCAGAUUUCUUAUCUCCAGGAAGUUCAACCAUCUCUUCUCCUUUGCCUUGCUUUGGAUCCUCAUUGCACUCUACAACUUCCUUUGUCAUUAGUGACAUCACUGAGGAGACUGAGGUAGAGGUACCUGAGCUCCCAACAAUCCCCCUGCUUUGUUCUGCCAGCCCUGAAUGUUGCAAACCAGAACACAAAACUACCUGCAGCUCAUCUGAAGAGGAUGACUGCAUCUCUUUGUCCAAGGCCAGCAGCUUUGCAGACAUGAUGGGCAUCCUGAAGGAUUUUCACCGGAUAAAACAGAGCCAAGACCUGAUUUCUCUGUGUACUGUCCUGGAACUCCUUUGUAGACUAGGCCGGCCUCUGCCUGCCAAGUGUGUGUGUGCCACUACAACCCAGCUUAAGUACCAACCUUUUAAGAUUCAUAUAAAUCUGGCUGCCCAUCAAAACUGCUCAGAUCUAAGGAGUCGGAGUUUACUGAAGGAAGAAGACCCUGCUGUACUUAUCUCUGAGAUCCUUAGGAAGAAGUUUGCCCUGAAGGAAGAAGACAUCAGUAGAAAAGGAAAUUGACAGCUCUGACUCUGCAAACUCAGUCUCUUGCUCCUGAACUCCUUCAAUAGCUGCCUUCCUCGCUGCAGAUGUCUGUCUCCAUUAGAAAUCUGCAAGUCUUGCUGACUAGGGCUUGAGCUGGAAGAGAAGAGCUGGAUUGUGUGUUUCCUGCCUUAAACCUUGGCAGAAGCUAAUGUCUGGUUUGAGAUGAGGCAUUUGUUACAUGUAAUCGGGUAAGGUGGAGCAUCUCUGCUUUAAGAGGUGAAGUUUCUUGUUUUUGUCUCUGUGAAAAUGGGCCCUAAAUGACUUAAUUCACUGUAUUAGACUCCAUAAUUGGUCUCACUGGACACUUUGUGCACAGCUGUCACUCACUCUCAGUAGCUUCUUUGCAACAACACAGGGCUAAGAGGGAGUGGCCGUUUGUGUUCCUGUUCACAGGGAAGAUCUUACGCUGCUCCAUCAUAGACCUACACGAGAGCCCAGCAGUCAUCCUUUCCCUCCAGCUAUAGGUCAGGCCACUGGACCAGCCACUACUUGGGAUCUGCAGGGAAGCCUGGCCUAUUUUUUCUUAAACAUAUUUUAUAAAACUACAAGACCUACCCUCCAGGGCCUCAUCGGUUCUACUGAUUCAAACUUUUUUUCUCCCAUGGACUUAAGUUUAUCUAGGAAGGAGGAAUGGGGAGAGAAAAGAGCAUAACAUCUUUUAUUCUAGAACAAUGACUGAUUUCUCUGGGUUGGGCCAAGAUUUUAUUUACUGCAUCAUGCAUGACUCGGGUGCCCUCAGGGCCCUUCUCUGUGGUAUGAAUACUGCGUGUUUGAGUUGAAGCACUACCUGAUAUUAAAUGAAGGACUUGGAGAAA